AUGAAAUACACCAGAAAUUGGAGACAACUCUCUAAACGGGUACGAGACCCCCCGACAUCUGAAGCUUUGGGAGACUUUUGCGGGCCUGUGACAAUCAACGUUCUCCCGGCAAAUGAAUAUCAGCCUGAUAUACUCCCGAAAUCUCAGACAGUCCAAAUUCAGGAAAAUCUCCCGGAGGAUAAAUUCGUAGCCACGUUUAACUGCAGUGAUAAAGACAAGGAACCAGACGGUAAUCCUGCUGGUUGUUCAUCAAUUUAUAUUGAGUCAGGAGAUGAUCCCCUACCAAAGUUUAAAAUAGUUAAUAAUAACACAAUCUACACCACUAACAAUGUCAUUGAUUACGACAAUGGUGACGUCAUGUACACGCUAAUUGUGGUUGGUGUUGACAGCUCGACCCUUGACCCUCAGAAAACAGGAUCUAUGACUGUAACCGUCCACAUUGAACCAGUAAAUGAGUUUACCCCUUUUAUAGAUGGACAACAACUAAGUAUAAAUAUCCCGGAGACUACACAGAUAGGUACAGAGAUUCUACCUGUGACAGCUACAGACAACGAUACAGAUAUCCACGGAGAAUUGACGUACAAGAUCACAGGUAGUGCCUCCUUCAUUUACGGCGAUACUCUCAUUUGUUGUAAAUAUAUUUGAAUCUUUAUGUGUAAAUCAAGGCAUGUUCUAUAAGAAUUGCGUAACUGAGACUGAUACGAUCACGGAUAUCCUUAAUGGACCUGGAGCUAAAGUUGAAACUUCUUACAUGAACAUCAAAGAUGAAAAUUAAGGCACAAACAAAUUAUAUGUAUAACUGCAUGU